GAGAGAGAGCGUGUUGGCGUGUUGUUCUCUUCCAAUAAAUCGGCCAGCUUUAGGAGCGCGGCGCGCGGUUACUACUCCUGCCACUGUCGCGAAACGCUCUCGAAAAAAGGGGGUUCGGGUACCAAAGGCGCGAGGCGUGAGAAUAAAUCGAUUCGCGAACGACGAGCCACGGAUUCGCGGCCACCAGUAAACGCGCCACCGAUGACGGAAUUAAAAUAGAUACAGGAGUAAAUUUUCGAAGCAUCCAAUGCGCGGCGCAUCGCGUAUUCUUCUAGUGGGAGGCGCUAAAAUUGGAGAUGCGAGUAGCGAGUUUUGUCGUGCCGCACCUCCUUCCUUCUUCCUUCUCCAUUUCCAAAUAGUCCUUUCGACCGAUAAGACGAUCCGCCGAACGCCGUCGCUGUGAUUAUGGCUCGCGAUCCGAGCACGCGAUCUAGCAGCUGGCAAACGACCAUCGCGACAGUUUCGCGAUAAAGUCGCGAUAAAGUCGCUUGAAGCAGAUUUCUCGGCGAGCGGAAGAAAGAGAUGCCCACUCAUCGAUUGCGAAUCGGUCGAUCGUUAGCCGAGUACCUUAUUCUCGCGGUGUGCAUCGUGUCGUUGUCAACGAAUCUCGCGCGAGUCGAAGGAAGGAAAUGCAUAUGUACGAGCAAAGCGUGCAAAGAAGCUGGCGUAAAUACUUGUAGAACGAGAUUCUUUUGCUAUACCGAACUUAUUCUGACAACAGGAUACGAAAUCGGACAAGAAAGCACGACUACGCGAGGAUGCACAGAGGGUGCCACGCCAUUGUUGUGCGAGACAAAGUCCUGGAUCACGAAGUCGCGAUCGGCCAACGCCAUGGAACCAUCAGCGAGUCCUCGGGUUCUCGUGCCCUGGCCCAAAUUGAAAUGUUGCAACAGCCACGAUUACUGCAACGCCGAUAAUGAUGAUGAUGAUGAUGAUGAUGAUGAUGAUGAUGAUGAUGAUGAUGAUGAUGAUGAUGAUGAUGACGAUGGCGAUAACAACGAUGACGACACUCACAAUGAUGAUGAUGAUGAUGAUGAUGAUAACGAUAAGAAUGCGAGCACGUGGACGCACGAGAAAAAGAUUCGAACGAAUCAAACGCGUUUUACGAUGGAUCGCGGAACACCGAUGAAUGGCCCACGAAUGUCAACGAAUAGCGAUACAACGUUGCAGCCUGAUCAAAAGCACGAUCGAAAAUACGAGAAUUCGACAGAAUCGGUUGACCGGCUCCUGCAGAAUCGUAUCAGAGCGCUACACGUCGCCGCUCUCGUUCUCGCUGUCGCAACCCUCAUAUCCGUUUUGGCAUCUUGCUACGUGAUUACAAGAUUUCUCAGACAUAAUCGUUACACAAUGGACACUGUAAAUUAUUCAUGAAUAGGAAACUUAAUUAUCGUUGGAUACGGUAAACACUACACGAUUCGGUAAGGGAUGGUGGGUUUUUUUGGCAUAAAUUAAAAGGUUAUAGGUAAAGUAUAUCACCGUUAUAUUUAUUACUGUCAUUACGUUACAAAAAUUUGAAAAUAUAAACUUAGAAUAUUAUAGUAGAGAAUAAUAUGCAACUGCGCAAAAUGCGAUAUAAUAUCUUUUAUUUUGCUUAAAAAUUAGUGUUAAACGUGUUUGUUCAUGUUUGUUCAUGUCCGAGGAUAUAUAAUUCUCGUUUCAAUCAUACGCCGCUGAUCAACUAACGAACGGAAAAUAUAAAUAGAAGUCGACCGUGCGGGAGAUAACUGCUGCCGACAGGCAGGCCGAGACUGUAUUACAGCGAUUUUUUGUUACGCCCGCUGGAUAGCUUUCAAGUUCCAGCAGUAGCGUCGCAGUGGCUGUCAGAUCACGAGCGAUCGAAUAUCACGCGCUAAUAAUAUUAUCUCAGCGAAUGCUAUUAAUUCUUGGCAGUCGGAACGACGUACGGUGUAUGUACCGUAACACCAAUGGAUCUCAGGUUCGAAGUUGUAAACGAAACUGCCAAAUUCAUUUUAAUUAUGGGUUAACUCAUAGGUUGCAUAUCAUAUACAUCAGGUAGAAUACGUUAUACAUAUUUAUGAUAAUUAGGAAAAGACUUAAUAAUUGUUUGCAUGAAACUCUUACGAUCUAAAUUAAAAAAAUUGUUUAUAUUUUUAAUCGUAUAUUAAAUCGUGUGUUCGAGAUUGCAAUCACGUAUAUAUGUAUAAUCGUUAGUAUAUAUUUACGCGAAAAUGCAUUCGUUGCACAUCUUAAAUUACACGUUUCACCGAAUAACGAAA